CGAUAAUAAUAUUAUUAUUAUAACACGAUAUUAUAAUAUUAUAUCCCGCGAGUAUCCGCCGGCCAGUCACUCCCUCGGUCCCGCGUGUGGACGUCGUCGUUAUUCGCGUUGAAAUUGUAUUAUUAUCCGCGCCGCGCAAACCGCACGACACCCGCGCACGGCAUCGCGACGAUCGACGACGCGCUGACGGGGCUCGUCGUUAAUAAUCGUCGUCACCGUCGUCAUGUGCCGUAGUCGAAUCGGCCGCCGCGUCCGUUCCGCCCGAAGACCGUCGUCCGUCGGCCCGUCGCCGCCGCCGCCGCCGUCGUUUUGAUCGCCGCGCGCGCAGUGUGCCGCUACGGACGCCGCACCGCCGCAAUGUCGUCGAAUCCCAUCCGGGGUAUCCGCCGCAAAAAGUCGUCGCUGACCGAGGUCAAGAUAGCCGUUCUGGGCGCUCCCGGCGUCGGAAAGAGCGGUGAGCCGACGGCACUCCGGUGCCGCAACUGUUAUUAUUAAUUCAGUGGCGUAGCGAACCGCGGUUCUCACAAGCUAACGGGCUGCUUCGGAAUUUCAUAAGGCGGGCGGGCGGUUUUCCGUGAAAUCUGAACGGUUACGAGGAACAUGUGUUGAUAAACGUGUACGCUCGGGCGCCUUCAAGACGAAUACAAACCGUGGUCCACUCGCAAACAAAUUUAAACAGCCCCGAACCGUCCGAUGGGGUGCCUGUUUGCCGUGCCCUUAAAUUUCCUUUUGUUUUUUCCGUAGACGUUGAUUGUAAAAAUAUUGCGGGGAAAAAACAAAAUUUAGCCGCUUUUUAUCGCUUGUCUUUUGCGCGGCCACUCGAUAUGGGGACGGGAAGGGGGAGGGGAGAGCAAAGUCUCACUCUGUCGAAUCCACCGCUAUAGUAUUACGCCACUGUGUGCACGUUCGUGUCGAAUAUCGUGAGCGUAAACUCGUUCUCAACGGGGAUCAGGUUCACUCCGUUAGCAUUUGGUCACUUUAAGCCGUCCGAGUGGUACACAAAUUCAACGUGAGCAUCGCUAUACUCGGCACGUGCUCAGGUGCUCGGGUGUUUAGGGACGACUACGAACGUAUCAAAAAUAAUUGAUUGGCGAGCGCGCUCUCGCGGUGAUACUUCGUCUAGACCUCGGGAAUAAUAUUAUGAAUUAUGAUUUACUGUGCAGUGACAACGCGAAUAUAAGGGACUAUCUAGCCCCCGUAAACAUAUUUUUAGCUCCCAUACUUAACGCGUUCAUUAAAAAUUUGUUUCAUGAAAUACACGGUUUUGAGACGAUAUUAUGUAUAUUGCGAUAAUAUUUACUGUCCGCGCGACACGUGUUCUGCUCCCUUCGGUUUUGGACGUUCGACAUUUAAACGAUCGUGUGUUUUUUUUUUGUCCCGUGUGUGUGUGCGCCGAUGGCGCGCGUCCAAAUUUCAUUUGAGGACCGUCGCUAUCGUUUCCGGGUUCGCGGGCCGAGGUUUAAAAUGUGUUUAACUUAGUCAAGUUAUUAGAAACGUCUUAACCGCUGUCUCGGACCGAAGGAACGGUGACGGGUCGCACACGAAUAAUUACGUUCCAUGGCGUAUGCUUCUGGAAAUGUUGACAAAUCCAAACACGGUCAGGGAAUGAAUAUCAUAGUUAAACCCCUCUCUUUCGAAAUCAAAAUUUCGUUAUUGAGAGUUUUCCGAUACAAAACUGUUGAAAUGUUUGAACUCGGACUAUUGACAUUUUUCGUUAUAAGGAGGAUUCCGUUUCAAGUGGCGUGCCGAACUCAAACAUUUUCAUACGCGAAUAUUUUCGUCCAAUAUCCACCUACCUAUUGACGAACCCAUGACUCACCCAUUGGCUGUACAUUUACUAUAUGUGAAGAUUUAACACUGAGUUUUUGUCACUUUCUUAAAAAUUGUUAUAUAAGUAGACAUACACGAGUACGUAGACCCCUAAAAAAAAAAGUCAUAGGCGGUUACCUCACGAAUACCCCCAUCGCCACGCCACUGUUCCGUCUAAUAAGGAAUCCGUUUCAGAGAGGUUUUACUGUACUUGUUAUAUUACUUCUAGAGUUUUUCGCCUAUUAAAACAACGUUAUAGAAACCCAUAUUCGUAUUCACAAGAACCGAAAUAAAUCCGUGCAAAGCCAAAAUACUCGAUGUGGCUUCUGUUUUAAGACCGGCAGGUUAAGCAGACAAAUUGACACUUCCGGGAGAGUAAGCGAUUGUACAUUAGAACUUUAGGUCAAAUGUUGAAAAUAUCGUUCAAAAUUUCAUUUAUAUAGAUUUAUAACGACUGUAGAAAAAAAAAAAAAAAAUACCAAAAUCAUUUUUGACAGUACCCGGUAAAGCCUAAAGGUUUAAAUAUUGUUUAUCAGCCGCAUAAUAUUAUAAUCCUAUUAGAGUAAUAUUAAGGCUUAUACAUUAUCAAUUAAGCUUAUAUUGUUCUACUAUAGAAACAGAUUCCUUAAAAAUAAAUAAAUAAACAAAAAACAAGAUAACAUUUUUACCGCGCUGGUCAGGACAACUUGGUAUUCGUGUCCCGGGUAACACCAGAGGUUCUUUUUACUUACUAGUAAGACGAAUCAAUUUCGCAAAAAAACGUCCCCAUAAAUGGCAUAACUAGAAUAAUGUCCCCAACUAAUAACUACCAAUAUUCAUUUGUAUCAAGGUCACACCAUACUGUUACCAUACACUCCAUUCAAUUUACUGUAAUUGUUAAUUUGUAUGAUUGUUCUGUAUAAUUUUUUUAUAUACGAAUAUUACUGUUAAAAAGCUGAUUUUACUUUAAAUUUUAGUAAUUGUACGUAAUCGCCUACAGUGCGACCGAAUAAGUAGUUGAAUAGUGGAUCAUUAAAUAAACCAUUCUUUAUAUUACACUAUUCUGUAUCUAUUAUAAAAAUAUAAUCAUAUAUUUAAUAUAUAUAUACAUAUAUAGUACCUGUAUGACCACCCAAUGACGGAUUUCCUAAUAUAAUGCCUAGCCAUCAUGCUUGCUAUCGUUGGGAAAUGAUAACACGUUCUAGGCAAUGAUACAAUUCCCUUGCCGUGUUAGGAAUUAUUGUCAUUAUUUCCUAAUCGUCAACAAAUCUGUAAUACAUAGGUUUACAAAGGUGUCCAUUCUCAAAAAUGGGGGGGGACAAGGAUAAUGUAUUAUUGUCUUUUUCAAUGAUGUAUUGGCCUUGUUGUUAAACUGUAGUUAACAUGUAAUUAUAUACGUAACUAGGUACGAUAAACACCGCGGGGACACGUUUCCCCUUACCCCCACCCUAAAAAACACUCAUGAACAUAAUACUAUAUUAAAAUAUAAUAAUACCAUAAUUAUUUUUAUUUGUAUGUAUUGUUUUAUAGCACUAUAUCAUACGGAUAUAAUCUUAUAUAAUAUAUACGUACAAUAAAUAUUACACGAGUAUUAUAAUCUGACGAGAGGUGCACAAAAAAUGUCUUUGGCUCCCUGUUAUAAACCUUUUUGGUGGUUAUGCAAUAAAAAUCGUCUAGAUUGAUUUUUCGGGAUUUUAAUUCAGACGUUUUUUUAGUGAUUAUUCUAAUAUGAGAAAUACGAUAACAAAUGAAGAAAUGACGCUAUUUUUCCGCAAAUGUUUUACACCAGUUAAGUCAUUUUUAAGUCUUUAAUAGUCCAUACAAUAUAAUGGAUAUGGAAAUAAUGUUUUAAUGUCGAAUCGACGUACAAUUCGCGUGAAAAGCGAAUUUCGGGACUCAACUCGCGUAUAUAUCUAAUAAUUAUUAUUCGUUCGUUUGCGUCCGGGACAUAGUGAACUAAAUAUUAAUACCUAGAAAAAUAUCUAAUUUUGUUUUUGUUUUUGUUUUUUUAUGUUUUCAGCGUUGACGGUGCGAUUUUUAACGAAGAGAUACAUUGGCGAGUACGACCAUCAAGCCGGUAAGAUUUUAUCCGAAAUCGUCCGUGAUGUACGUUCAAAAAUAGAAACGGGGCCCGGAAAAUUCGCGGUCGAAUUAUCGCGCAAAAAAUUACAAUAAAAGAAACACGCGUCCGAAUAUAAUUAGAUCGUCUCCGCUAAUGUUUUGUUUUUUUUUUUUAAUUUAACAUUUUCCCCGUAAUUAUCGUACGCCAUUUACUUAUUUUUAUUUAUUAUUAUUAUUAUUUUUUUUUUUUGCACAUAUUAUACUUUGCGUCACGGCUGCGUAUGACGUACACCAUUACAAUUUGUGAAAACGGUCAAAUUUAAAGGCCAAACGAAAUCUGCGCGAUUACAUCGUGUUUGCCCGAUACCCGUUCGUAUGUAUUAAUAAUAAUUAGUGUUCGAAUGUUUAUGUAAUUAAAAUAACUAUAAUAUGUAUGCAUUUAUGCAAUAAAAAUUAUAAAAUAUCCAUUUUUAGUUAAAAAAAAAAAACAGUAAAAUAUGCACAUUUUAUCUUCAGUAUUCAAUUUUUAUUUUUUUUAAUUGUUAUUUUUAUGUACCUAUUAGUUUUUUAUUAGAUAUUAUUUACAAUACAAUAUUAAUUUACAAUAAAAACGUUACAGUUUGAUACAAUGUUUUUUUUUUUUUUUAAUUUAUUCAAAUUGUAUGCUUUGUACUUUAUAUUGCGUUUUUAAUUUAAAUUUUUUAAAAAAAAAUCGAAUAUGUACUAAAAUUUACAUUUAUAUUCUUAAAAUUCUAAAAUAUGUAUUUAAAAUACAAAACCAUCAAAUAUGCAAAAUAAAAAUAGUAUAAUUUGAUUCAGUCGAACAUGAAUCAAAUUUGUAUCCAGGUCAGCAUAGAAUUGGAUAACCAGAAAUAAUAUGCAAUUUCAUAAAUAUUCGAACCCUAAUAAUAAUGUAACGAAUGAUUUUUGUCGUUCGAUCGUGUGGUUUACAAAAAAAAAGUUUAGGUUAGGUCAGUCGGACAAACUUUGCACCGUUAGGUAGGCCCCUAACUAUAAGUAUUAGUACUGGGAAUGUCGAAAAUGAGUUCUCCAACGUGCCCGAAUUAUACAUUGAAAAUACUACCAGAAACCCGUCUCGGGAAUUUCCGAUUGGGACAAGACGUCUUCAGACGAGAAAUCAGGCACAAAAAUCAAACGCAUUUUGCGGUCCGUUCGCGGAUUCUAAAAAAAUCAAUCGAUCCCCGUGUCCGCGGAGAAGGAAAAAAUCAGUCAUCGCGACGCGUUUUAUUUUCGACACUGACAAAACAAUAUAGAACUUAACGAUACAAAACACUCGUUUAAACAAACGUAUGGUUUCAUUGAAAAACAUAAAACAUUGCAUAUAUUAUUAUUAUUAUUAUGACUGACGUGACGUGUAUAACGGGACGUAUAAUGCGAUCAACAGCUCUACCCACUCGUUGACGAGAUGUUAUUCAUUAUGCUAUUUUCGUAUAUAACAUACGUGCGCAUAGUAAAAAAUCGUAAUUUCGAAUCGGUAAAUCGUUUCUAUGGGAUAUUGUUAUAAGCAAUAAGUUUGGACGUUUUUACGAUUUAUUUUGUUGCACGAUUUUACUCGGUGUAACAAACAAGCCAUUAGUUUUUUCUAAAAUGUAUGUUUUUAUAUUCUGAAAACGCAGUUUUAGUGAGUUGAAUUAUCAGAUUUGUUCGCGCGAUACCAUACAAAUGCGAAAUUUCCGUCCCGUAAUACUUUACUACACAUUUUUUAUAAAUUCACAAUAGUUUUUCUGCACGGUUUAUUUAAAAACCUGACAAUAAUAAAUGGUUUUAUUUUUGUUGAUUAAAUAAUUGUUGGGUUACCUUGGCUAUGACCUUACUAUUUUACCGAAUCCCGCUCAGAAUAAUUUUUUGAUCGCAACAAUGUAUCGCAUUUUUAAAUAGAUAAACCAAAUUUCCUAAUGACCCAUCUAAAACAUUGGCCUACCCAUGAUGCGAAGUUUGUCACAUGCCCGGCUUUUAUUUUUAAUUAUUUGAUGUUGUCAAAAAUAAUGUUUUUAUAUAAUAAUAUAUUCUGUUGCACAGAAACAAGAUACAAACACGAAGUGAUGGUCGACGGCGAGCCGAUUCUCUUCGAGAUAUUAGACACCUGUCCGAAAGUAUGUACUUAUACCCUAUAUUUAUUUGUGGUGUAAGUGUAAUGGUACUGUGGUAUUCAAUCUAAUGAUGAGCACAACCGAAUAGGUACUAAAGAACUAUUCCAUUUAUUUAAAACUAUUCGAUGGAAAUAUUGGAUAAUUCAUCUAAAUUAUCGAAAACUAUCAAUGGUAUGGUGAAACUAUUCAUAAAUAUCAAUUUAUUUAUAUAUAUUUGACGGAUCAAACGGAUUCGAUUACAAAGUUAUGUGUGAGAAUAAGGGCAGGUAGAGAUUAAUACAAAAGUAAUUCUUAAAUUUUAUGUUGAUUGUUAUAUAUUAUAUAACAAUUCAAUAUUUGUUUCGUUGGCUAAUGUCAUAAUCCUAUUUAAAGGAGAAGAUGUAUAAAUAUGAUUUUUUAAGAAAAUACAUUAAAACAUAUUAAAUCAGGACGAACAAUAUAACCGAUUAAAAGUUUUGACAAAAAUGAUAAAUCAAUUAUUUUCCUUCUAAUGACUGGUAUUGGAAGUGAGGCUCACGAAUUAUAUUACAUUUAAAUACUACAAAGUGGAGAAAACGAUUUUGGACUUUAUCUAAACAUUGAAUAUAUGGGGUUUUUGUUUUUAUAAGGAGAUCAUCCUUUUUUAUACCGAGUUAUACUCUAGUUUUGAACAUGCUAGGGAAUUAAAUAAAUUUUUAAAAACAACAGAAUUUGAAAAGUUUUUACAGUUUCUGAUAAUAAAACCUAAGAUAUAGACUAAGAUUUGUAAAUAGUAUAUGUAGAAUAUGUUUAUUAAAAGAAAGAGAAGAAUCGAAAAAUACACCUAUAUCACAGAUAUCUUUAACACGCAAUAACUGGAAACUAUUAAUAUUAUACUGUAGAUAAACAGGAUUACGAGACCUCGAAAAUGUCAUAACUUUGUACUUAUUAAUAUUUAGCAUAAAUUUAUUAAAUUGACACCAGUCUGACGAGGUAUUUAAAAAAUUGUAUAACAAUAACGAGUCUUGAGGGAAAUUUAUAUAUCGAAACCAUCACAGAGUAGCUUUCUUGAAUGUGAAAAUUGUAAAUCAUCAAUAAAUAAUAAAAAUAAUAUUGAAGACCAUAUAAUAUUAUACAAGACUAUUUACGUGAAUAAUUUUACUAAACCACCGAAUUUUUACUCGAUGUAAUUAACAUUUCAAAUUAUUGUUGUUUUCUUAUUAAUAACGUAGCGGGCCUCGAAGUCUUAUCGCUUUCCUAUCACUAUCCCCCAUUUCAUUGGUCUGUUUAACCAUAUUAUGCUUAAUCAACUCAAUACAUUUUCUCACGGCAUCCCUCAUUCAUCUCAUCCAGCGUCUUUCUACGGGUCUUUUACCGAUGAUUCUCCUUGCUAACAUAUGCACUUGUUUAAUAGUAUCCUUUCAUUUGUCCUACAAAUGAAAAAUCAAACUAUCCUUACCUUUUACAUCUACUAUACGAGAGGAAUGGGAAUAUUGGAUUUCUUAUAUACAAGUUAAUAUUAUAUCUUACUGUUUCUAUAUACUAUAAACUGGACCAACAAUUUUCCAACCAAGUUAUUUUAAAAUUCCGGCUAGGCCACAUAUUUCUUCCUCUGAUCCAAUGAAUCGUACUAUGAAAACCGAUUUUGAGCGGGCCGUGACAUUAACGAAUUGACUGUUUAAAUAGUUUUUUUUUUUUUUACGCAUAGAACGACGAGGAGUUACCAUUGCACGACGUUUACAAUUGGGCGGACGCUCUUGUGAUGGUGUUCGCCAUCACGGACAGACGAUCGUUCAAUUACGUAAGGCGCGUAAAACAGACAAUGUUGGACACAUUCGACUUGCCUGUGGCCCUAGUAGCCAACAAGGCUGAUAUGGUUCAUCUCAGACAAGUUAGCACGGAAGAAGGUAUAAUUCUAACCUAACUUACCUAUGCACACUCGUUUUUUCUGUCUUCACCGCGGAAAUAUAAAACAAUUAAAUAAAUAUCUUUGCAGCCAUAUACCAAGAAUAAAAAUUUGAUUGAAUAAGUCAUAAAAUAUUUGUUUAUACCAACCAUGAAUUAUAUUAUGCGAGAAUUAUAUCAUAUUGUCAAAGCAUGAAAAAUAUUUGAAAAUAAUCACAAAUUGUUUCUCUAUCAUCACAUAAUUAAUGGUUUUGGGACUCAGCCAUACAGCCUGCAGACAUAAUUUAUAUAACAAAUCAUUACAAAUCAUUUUUCAUUAAACAUUAUUUAAAAAAUCAUCACGAAAUACAAAUCAUUAUUCAUUUAAAUUUCUAUACAUGCUUUUUAUAGACUCAUAUACCUAUAGUUAUUUCACCAGAUCCAUAUAAAUGUAUACGUUUUUCAUUAUAUUCUUGUGUUUACUUCGUUCUUUUGGGGAUUUCAACGCUGUAUACUAUAAUAAAAUAAUAAUUAAUGAUAUACAUGUUUAAAUAAUUGUUUAUGUGUUUCAAUUAUUAUUAAAAAAACAUUGUCAGCUUAUAAUUUUAAAAUUACUAAAAUGUGUUCGAGCGAAACGGGAAAGAUCGUGUUCGGGUGAAACAGGUCCCGCCCCCGCAGUCAAUACUGCAACACUAAAAAGUAUUAUUCUCCUCCCCCCUCGAUUCCCAAUAAUAAACAAAUUCUCGGUUCAUUAGAGCCUUAGAGGACGACCGAAUUAAUGCUACUCGUAUUUAAUUGCUAUGUGAGGAAAUACAUAUUGUGCUAGUCUAUAUUUUAUUCACUGUACGGAAAAACAUUGAAUCAUACAAAUAGAUUGCGAUUAACAGAGGUCCCUAAAGACAUAAACAUACGAUACAAUUCAAUGUUUUUCGUGCAGCAGAUAAAAUAUCAAAUAGAUCGUUACGUUUACCUUUAAUUAAUCCACCUUUUUACUGUGGUUUAUACCGCGGAUAUAUUUAUUAUCGUCUUUGGACAUUUUUUUCCUAGAUCCAUAUAACAACUAAAAUGAGCAAUAUUGUUGUGCGCAGGUGAAAUACUGGCGAAAGACUUCGAGUGCUGUUUCACCGAAGUGGCGGCCGCCGAACAAGUGGGACAGAUCGCCGACGUGUUCCUGGAGGUGUGCAGGGAAGUGUUGAGCGUCCGGCGGAAGAACAAACAGUCGCUGCUGGACAGGAUGCUGGGCGGCAAGACGGCCGCGGUAAAAGCGUACGCCCGUGGCAAGAGCGAUAGCGCUUUGCCAAAGGAUUGAAACGCCGUCCCGCUGUUGCCAUCUGACCGUGGUACCGGUCCCACGACAGCCGAACGUCCCAAAUAAAAUUUCAAUAAUAUAUUUGCGUUGUCGUCGCGAUAUCGCACGUUUUUACGAUCCAUCGUCGCGCCAUCGUGAGUUCGAUCCGUCCGCCGAAAAAAUACCCAGCUGCGUAAUAACAUACGUAUAGGUAUACUUACUUCUGUACUCUUCUGUAUACGAACGGGGUUUUAAGGAUUGACCCCUCCCCCCUCCUGACAAAAACGUAUUUACUGGUAACCUCUAAUCUAACCCAAUCACGGUUUAGGACAGUGGCGUAAUUAAAACUUUUAAUGCCCGUGGCUGCUAAAUAUUCUAGACUAAUCGAAUUGGGGGCCAAGUGCACAAUCCGAGUUAAGGCCCGAUUUACACAGAUCGGAGCAAAAGAAAAAGAUUAUUGUUUUUUUUCGUAAUCGUCUUUCUGUCCACUCAAAUUACUUAGCAAGAAAAAAAAAAGCCGUCGUCUGUUUUUUAUUCAACUUUCUGGUUCACUCAAAUGAACGUCUUGGGAUUUGGACCCUGAUUUUAGGCUAACAGACGUUAUGGGCCUGUGGCUCAUUGCCCGUCAUACCGCUAGGUUUAGAUAAGUGGCGUAUGCACGAGGGGGAUCAUUAUAGGGGCUAUAUCCUUUUUCGCUUUCUCAAUACAAUAACUAAGGAUAUUUAUUUAGUAAUUUUAUUUUGAAAUUAUUUAUUUCAGCCAAGUUACAAGGAAAAAAGUUUGAUUCAUUGAAUGCAAAUUGAGUUUUUUAGUUUCGGCUUGUAAAUUUGUAUUGCGUCGAGUUAAGUAUAAAAAAUAAUCUCUAUUUCUAUUAUUUGUUUAUGCACCAUGAUUAUUAUUUACUACAUGUCCUUCCAAUGAAAAUUUCCGGAAACGUCACUGGUUAAGGUAUAUAAUCAUAUUAUGAACUCCCCGAAAUUAAUAUUUCGUGUACCUAUUGUACGUGCCUGACGGCGUGUGGCAUUGUAUACGUCAGGCUUUAUAUGUAUAAAAUUUGAGUAACGAAAUUUUUCCGAAAUCGUUUUUAACGCUCGCAAACCGUAUACGAUAGUUAUCGGGAAAUCGACGUUUUUCGAAUCGGAGUUUUUACUAGGAUGAUUCAUAUUUAUGGUGUUUUAUGCCUACCCACCCGCUAUAAUAUAAUAAUUAAUAUAGGUAGGUAUAUGUGUGUAUACUCGUAUUAUAGGUAGGAACUUAAUGUAAAAAUAUUUAAUUAACAGCUGAACAAGAGGAAUAAAUUAUUAUUAAGUAUUAUUUUUAUUGUCAUUAUUAUUGAUAUUAUGUAAUUUUUUUAAAACGUUAAUAAUUUACUCGAAUGUGACAUACCUAUAUAUAUAUACAUAUUUAAUGUGAAUUUAUCUAAUUUAAUUUUUGUUUUAAAUUAUAUUACAAUAUACUACGUACGUUUUCUAAAAAUAUUUGUGUGUAAUUAAAUAAAGUAAAAUUGAUAAUACCCACCGGAACUGGGGCGAUUUAAAGGGGUCUUCCACCUUUAAACGAGAGGAUAUAGCGCAUAUUCCAUAUUGUGUUUCCUAAUUCAUCUGAGAUGGAAUCGAUACCAUCGGUGUUGUUUCUUUUUAAAUUCGAAAAUCUCUGAUGGCAUCAAAGAUGGCUUUAUCAUUCACCGUGUUUCCGAGCCGGUUGAUGAGAUGUGAUGGACUAGAUGUGUUUGUAAUCUCAUUUUUUUAUGGCGAUAGCCAAUAACAGUUAUAAUAUUUAACUAUUAUGAUUAUAGAUUUAGGUGUC